AACUUUAUUUUCUUUCAAAAAAAGGCAGAGAGCCUUCCUGCUCUCUCUCUCCCUCCUCCCUCUUCUCAUUUGGCUAGGGUAAUAUACCCAUCAUCGCCGGACCACCUCUCCUCCACCGUAGACGGUGGUCGUGGGGAUGCAAAAUGGUCCUCUUAGCCUCGUUUGAAAUGCCUUUGAAGGCUAGGCUACCAAAACUCAAAGAAUCGAAGGAGGCCCUCAACCCCCCCUUUUGGGUCCGAUGUCGGCGAUGGAAAAGUGUUAUCCGACGCGCGACCACGAGAUCCAGGUCGUGUCAGAGGCUGGUGGUUGGUGCCCCGAGCGGUGGUGGCACACGUGGCAGAGGAGGCAGCGGCUUAAAGUCUGCAGGAAUAAGCAAAGUGAAGUGCUGGCGUUUACUAAGAUCCUGGAGACAUUUGAACGGAUGUCGGGUCAACGCAUCAAUUUUGAUAAAUCCAUAGUGUAUUUCAGCCCUAACACUAUUGUUUCUCAACGCGAAGGUCUUAGCAGACUACUGAAGAUGAAUAUGGUGUCCAACCUUGAUGCUUACCUUGGCCUUCCUAUUCCGGUUGGUAAGAAGAAGUCUGAUGCUUUCAAAAGUAUUCUGGAGCGCACUGAAAAUAGGAUAAAAAACUGGUCGAAGAGGCUGUUAUCUUAUGGUGGAAAGGAAAUAUUCAUAAAUUCGAUUCUUCAAGCCGUUCCUAUUUAUGCUCUAUUAGUUUUCUUUGCCCUGAAUGGCAUCUUGGAGGAUCUUCAGGCCAUGUUUGGUUGGGUUUGGUAGGGGGAAAAGAUCAUAACAGAAGCUGGCAUAUACUUUCAUGGGACCGCACGUGCUUUCCUAAAGGGAUAGAAGGACUUGGGUUCAGGGACCUUCGGUGUUUUAAUGUGGCUUUGCUCGGUAGGAAAGUGUGGCGUCUUAUGAGUUGUAAAGACACGCUCUGCUAUAGAGUGAUGAGUGCCAACUAUUUUCCGGAUGAAGAUGUUCUCCAACCCAAGUGUGCUGAUAAACCCUCAUUCACGUAGCAGAGCAUUGCCAAAGCCACGAGUAUUUUGUAUGAUGGGUUUGGUUGGAACGUGGGCAGGGGGAAUAAGAUCGACAUAUGGCGCGAUAACUGGGGUUUUGAAGGGCUCUCAGGUGCCUCGAUUGGUCUCAACAGGUGGGAGGUCCAGGAGAAUAAGGUGUGUGAUUUGUUGAAUAACGACAAAAACGGAUAAAAUGAGAGCAGGAUUUAUGAGAUCUAUGAUGAACACUUAGGGGAUCGAAUAUGCAAAAUUCCCCUUAUUCAUAAUAGUCCUGAUGACAAUCGUAUUUGGUUCCAUAAUCCGUUAGGCUUUUACUCUACCAAGUCUGCUUACUCGUGGUUGACUUUGAAGCAUGUGGGGUAUGGACCCCAUUGAAUCUUUUGAAGGCUGAUGUGGAAACUUCAAACUCUACCAAAAAUUAAGGUUUUUUAUUGGCGGCUGGGGCAUGAUAUUCUGCCUACGUAUGAGAAAAUUUUUGGCAUUCGGAGGGAGGUCAACGGUAUUUGUCCGAGAUGUAGGAGUGACAAGGAGACCCUUCUUCAUGCGAUAAGAGACUGCCCCAGGACUAAGGCGGUGUUGGCUCUUGGUGGGCUGAAUAACAAAGUUCUCGAGGGCACCUACAGUCGAUGUGUGGAUUGGAUUGAGGACAUGGCUCGCACGCUGGACAAGAAGGCGCUUUCUGACUUGAUCACGGUGCUCUGGAACAUUUGGAACAGUUAGAAUAAUAGAAUUUUCCGUGACAAGGAGGAAGCAGCCAUGGUGAUGUGGGGUAGAGCUACUGCCCUAAGCCAGGAUUUCUGCAUUUUUAAUUUCGUGGAGAAGCCGUUGAUUUCGAAACCAGAGAGCGAGAAAGGUUGGAGUAAACCUGAUCAGGGAGUGGUCAAAAUUAAUUUUGACGCCAACACGACUGGGAGGAAGAUGUGUUUCGGUAUUGUGGCGAGGGACUACGAUGGGUUUGUUCUUGGCGGGCGGGCGGGUGUGUUGGAGAAGAACGUCCAAGCCGAAUGGGCCGAGCUGCAUGCGUUGGAGGAAAGCAUUAGUUUCGCACAGACAAAAAACUGGACUAAGCUGGUUUUCGAAUCUGAUUGCGUGGGUUUGAUAAAUAGGCUCAAUAAAACAAAAGUUGACUUUUCCACUAUGGGUCAUCGCAUCAAGGAUAUUCUCAAUAUACUAAAACAGUAUUGUAAUUUUGAUUUUAGUUUCGAUUGGGCCCUGACAAAGCGGCUGAUUUGCUUUGUAAAUGGGCGAAUAUCCAAAAUUGUAUUACGGAUUUUAACAUGGAUUAUCCUUUGGAAAUUCAUGAUAUUAUUUUAAGUGAUGCAAUAAAUUGAGGUUGACCUUCGGGU